AUGUUCAGCGAUCGCCCAUUCAUGGUGGCAUGGAAUGCGCCCACUCAAGACUGCCAGAGCCGCUUUAAUGUGUCUUUUGACCUUCGACUCUUUGACCUCAAUUCGUCCCCUAGUCAGGGUAUUGUAGACCAGAAUCUUACCAUCUUCUACAAGGAGCGUCUGGGGCUCUACCCUUACUUCGACAAGAACAAUGUAUCCAUCAAUGGAGGUUUGCCUCAGAAUGUCAGUCUGCAGGCUCACCUGGAGCAGAUGGUGAAUGGAAUCAACAAAUACAUGCCAUCAGUUAAUAAAAUUGGCCUGGGGGUCAUUGACUGGGAGGAAUGGCGACCCAAUUGGAUUCGGAACUGGCAGAUGAAGGACAUAUACAGGCAAGUUUCACAACAGCUGGUGGCCUCUCGUUAUCCAGACUGGAUGGCCGGAGAGGUGACUGAGAAAGCUCAGUAUGAAUUUGAAACUGCCGCCCGCGAGUUCAUGGCAGAAACGCUGCAAUAUGCCAAAAAUAAUCGACCCAACCAGCUCUGGGGGUAUUACCUUUUCCCAGAUUGCUACAACCAUGACUACCUGUUCAACUGGGAUAGUUAUACUGGCAAGUGCCCCGACGUGGAGAUGUCACGUAAUGACCAAUUAUGGUGGCUGUGGGAGGCGAGUACCGCCCUUUAUCCUUCUAUCUACCUGGAACCCCCUCUCAACAAUUCAUUAAAUGGACGCAAAUUUGUUCAUUAUCGGGUGAAAGAGGCCAUGAGGAUUGCUCCACAAUACACUGAUUACUUUCUCCCUGUCUUAGUGUAUACAAGACCCACCUACAAAGAAAACCUCAACCUUCUCUCUCAGAUGGAUCUCAUCUCCACCAUCGGGAGAGAGUGCGGCGCAGGGUGCGGCUGGGGUGAUAUUAUGGGGUGA